AUGUGUUCUUUGCCUCCUUUAAUUGAAGGCAAGGAGGGGUACACCAACAACGCGGAUGGUGCACUUUGUAUGGUGGUCGUGGACCCUGCCACCCGAAAGCUUCUGAUCCCAUGCGACUGCAUAUACCCCACACGGGCACAGCAACGUGCCGCAAUUCCAAGCUUGUGCCAGCUCUUUCUUCAAGGUCGGUGCCGCCAAGGCACUCUGUGUCACCAGGUUCAUGCGAACGUGGAUACGGUUGUGGUACUGCGAGGUCACGUGGGGAAUCUUCCGCGGUGUUGCUCAUUUCACGGUGACGAUGACAUCGCUGGUGUGCUGAAUGAGCGCUCAUGGCUUUCAAAGGUGGUGCUAUACAUCCCUGAAGUAAGCUUUGAGGGUGGCUAUGUUCCAUUGAGCCGCAUUGGUUACACAGUGCCCAUUUCCAAGAUGCUAAAUGAACUGGACUCCGACGUUGUUCGUGCGCUUGAUUCUUACGGACAGUCUGCACAUGAAGGCUCUGCACCACCGGAAGGUUCGCCACUUAUUGUACUUGGGGCAGGGGACAUACCCAUUUGUCGCCUUCACGUCAAGGAACGCUGUCGCUUCGCGGAGGAGUGCAGUUUUCUGCACUUGUGCAAGGAGAUUGCGGCAAUGAACCCACAGCUUCCUCUUGGCCGUCGAUCACGUCUGAAGGUUACACAAAAGGAAUCUAUUUGCAACGUGUCUGAGCCGCAUGAACAAAACAUGUUAAACAUGGCGCCUUUGUCACCUUCCACAGGGCUUGCUGAGGCGUCUCAGGCUUGUCCGUCUUCUGUGCGAGGAUUUCCAUUGGUUCAACGAGGCGGCACAAGUGGACAUAGUUCGCUGGCAAACUCAUUAUACCGGAAUGGUGAGAAUACUUCGUGGAUGGGGCCUUUGCGUGAAUCAAGUUCGCUUGGCCAGAGCUGUGAGAUGUCAACAAAGGAAAGUCCUAACACGCCAGCCGCAGUAUCCACACUGUGUUCCCUGAGUUACAGUGAUAUUCAGCAGCCGAAACAGAGGUUGGACGUGCGACGGAAGUUGUCGUCACGUGUUCUCGUUUCGUGUGACGGCCCGUGCCGCUUUGAGGAAGCUCCCGGAGGCGCGGAAGAGUCCACGCCCGAGUUGCGAGGUGGAAGACCCUGCAAGGGCUGCCGGGGGUCGUCCCUUUUAAUUAGGGGGACAGUGUCCGAUUCCAUGGCUGCAUCCAGCCGUGACGAGGGGGCCAGUAACUCUUCAAUGAGUCUGUCGACAAGCUGCCGCUGCUUCAGUGCAGGCAAGUGGAGGCACGACCCCUACAACCUUUCAUGGGUCCGUAUGGGUGGAUGA